CCAAGAUGUCAGCCCCCAUUUCACUUGGAAAUGUCAAAUAGUAUUCUGAAGGAAUGAAGGAAUUUAAAGUUAUUUUAAUGUAUUCGAUGGAAAUAUGAGCGACGUCACUUAUAAUUGAAAUAAUCUCCCAAUAACAACAUUUACAUCACAAGGACAAUGAUGUUUUUAUGGAGAAUUCCAUCUGUUCCCUCGACUUGUCGUAUGUGCAGACGAUGCGAGAAGAAAAUAUUUAGCAUACAAAGAAAUUCUAGAAUUAUUUCACCACACAGUAAAAGUACAAGAAAUCUUUUUACUUCUCUGAGACUACAGGCUAAAUUGGAGAAGAUAGAUUUACUACAGUUCCCAGCAGAUCUUAUAAGAAAUUUCAGCAUCAUUGCACAUGUAGAUCAUGGUAAAAGUACACUAGCUGACAGACUAUUGGAAAUUACAGGUACUAUAUCCAGUAACACAAAGAAUGAACAGGUGUUAGACAAACUACAGGUAGAGAGAGAAAGAGGGAUAACGGUUAAAGCUCAAACAGCAUCAUUAUUUUAUAAAUAUAAAGGACAGACAUAUCUCCUUAACCUUGUAGACACACCAGGACAUGUAGAUUUUAAUUAUGAAGUAUCCAGAUCUUUAAGGGCAUGUGAGGGUGUUAUAUUACUUGUUGAUGCCAAUCAGGGUGUUCAAGCUCAGACUGUAGCUAACUUUUUCUUGGCAUUUGAGGCAGAUUUGACAAUUUUACCUGUCCUUAACAAAAUAGACUUACCUGGGGCAGAUGUUGAGACAGUACAGAAACAAAUGAAAAAUGUAUUUGAUAUUGAACCUGAUGAAAUAUUACAGGUAUCAGCUAAACAUGGAACAGGUGUAGAAGACGUGUUAAAAGCUGUGAUAGAUAGAAUCCCUCCGCCUACUACAGAUAUCAAGAAACCAUUUAAAGGAUUAGUAUUUGAUUCUACGUAUGAGAAAUUUAAAGGAGCUGUAACUAAUGUUAGCGUCAAAGAUGGAGUAGUUAAAAAAGGAGAUAAGAUAGUUUCAGCUCAUACAAAGAAGAGUUAUGAAGUUCAAGAUGUUGGCAUUUUAUAUCCAGAACAAACAUCAACAGGUUGCUUAUAUGGAGGCCAGGUGGGAUAUAUGAUGGCUAAUAUAAAGUCUAUGACAGAUGUGUGGAUAGGAGAUACAUUGUAUCAUGAAAAAUCUCCUGUUGAAGCUUUACCAGGAUUUAAACCUGCUAAACCAAUGGUAUUUGCUGGGACAUAUCCUAUGGACCAGUCAGAAUACCAAGCUCUAAAAAUGGCUUUAGAAAAACUAACAAUGAAUGAUCCCAGUGUAUCUGUCAGUAAUGACAACAGUGAAGCCUUAGGUGUAGGAUUCCGUCUAGGAUUUUUAGGCUUGUUACACAUGGAUGUAUUUAAUCAGAGAUUAGAACAGGAAUAUGAUGCAUCAGUUAUUCCUACAGCUCCUAAUGUCUCUUAUAAAGUAAAAAUAAAAGGUGACAAGAAUAUAAAGUUUUAUGGUGCUGAGGAGAUAACUAUACUUAAUCCAUGUAAAUUACCAGAUCCUAAUAUAAUAGAAGCCCAGUAUGAACCUAUGGUGUAUAGUACUAUUAUAGUUCCUGUUGAUUAUAUUGGAGACAUUAAUCCCCUCUGUAUGGAAAGAAGAGGUGAAAUAUUAGACCAAAGCUACAUUGAUGAUACAAGAAUUAUGUUUAAAGUGAUUUUCCCAUUAAAUGAGAUUUUGAUAGAUUUCUAUGACGAAUUGAAAUCUGUUUCAUCAGGAUAUGCAAGUUUUGAUUAUGAAGAUCAUGGAUAUCAGGAGUCAGAUUUAGUGAAGAUAAUCUAUUUAUUGAAUGGAAAAGAAUUAGAUGAACUUACAAUGAUAAGCCAUAUAACUAAAGCCAGACAGAAAGGCAGAGAAAUUGUUGAGAAACUGUGUAAAUCUAUACCAAGACAAUUGUUUAAAGUGUCUGUACAGGCCUGUGUUGGUGGUAAAGUGUUAGCUAGGGAAGAUAUUCAACCUUACAGGAAGGAUGUUACUGCAAAAUGUUAUGGAGGAGAUAUCACUAGAAAGAACAAGUUAUUAAAGAGACAGGCAGAGGGGAAAAAGAAAAUGCGAAUGAUAGGAAAAAUCAGUGUGCCAAAAGACGUAUUCAUUAAAGUUUUGACUAAAUAAAUUAUUUAUGAAUAAAAUUCUACUUAUGCUUA